ACGCUUCGGGUCCUCCUGUCGGCCUGUUCGCAGACACAUCAGAUCAGCCAAUGCAGGAUGCAUUUCCUCGUAUCCAUUUCCGUUCUGGCAAAGCCUACGACAGCGUCCUGCGUCAGAAACUGAUGGAGGUGAACACAAGCGUGGUGCCUUCCUCCCAUCCUGGCACCUACUCCGCCGCAGCAGAAAUGCCAAAUGGUGGGCAGUUAGAACCUGCAAACCAGUUCCCGGUGCAACCUCAAGAACAGAUCGGCCAUUUCUCCGGUCCGAUGGGCAUGGCACCUUCUGCGAUGGGCACGCAUGGCGACACCCAGCUCCCGUACCUUGCUGGGAACUGUAGCAAUCCAUGGCAGAAUAAUGUGGCGCCAUCAAGUUUUGCUGGUUCUAUGGUUGGAGCACCUCUCCUCCCAUCAUCACAGGUGAACGUCAACCUCCCCCAGAUCAACCAGACAAUAUUUGCACCCUCAUCUAGCGAGAUGGCCGUGUUUCAGAAUGAGCAGCAGAAUCAGAUGGCAGGGACCAACAUCAACAACACCACAUCAGUGGGUAUCUACAGUGAGCAGAUGACGCCAUUAUUCAACAUGGCAAGCAACGCAGCGCCAGUGGAGAUGACCAAUGCCAACUUCUCACCAAUGAAUCAGAUGAUGGUCAAUGGGGGAAGCACCAGCUCUCCAUGGCUUAACCUUCAGGUGGGCAACCCUGUCGCGCCGCCGGCUCAGAUGGCUAAUGGUGGUGGAAGCAGCAGCUCCGCAUUGCCUGGCCAUCUGGACAGCUCUGUUGUGCCGCCGGCUCAGAUGGUUAAUGGUGGUGGAAGCAGCAGCUCUGCAUUGCCUGGCCAUCUGGGCAGCUCUGUCGCGCCGCAGACUCAGAUGCUUAAUGGAGGGGAGGGUGCAUCUGGCAUUCUACCUGUGCAAGAUGAUCCAGCUGGGUGGCAAGCUUCUGAUCAUCAGCCAACUUACAGCACUUCUAACUUCCUGGAGGAUAUUUUUGCCAGCAUGGCUAGUCAGGAUUUCAAUCCAGAUGCUGUUUGGUGAAGAAUAUUAGUCCCUUUGUUCGCCCCACCUGCGCCAGAGAUGUCUCCGCAUUUUGUGCAGGCCAGAUGCUGAUCAUCAGCCCAUGGUUCUUGCACAUUGUAUCUGCGGAGUUGUG